AUGAUUGUAUCAGAAUCCGAUGAUCAAGAUAAUCCAGAAGAAUGGCUGCAAGUUAAUGACCCUCUGGGAGGCAAAGAAAGAGAAUUGAUUUCCAAGAAAAUUAAAUCUGUUAAAAGGCACACACGAAGGCAAAUAGCCAGAAGAAUAGCAGAGGAGCGUUUGCUUAGACGAAGAAGAAGUAAGCGAGUUGGUUCAGUCCUAACAAAGUAUCCAACUAUCGUAAAGGACAUAGGGACAUUUGUGCAUUCUUCUGGUGUGGGUGCUGAAGCGUGGAGGAGAACAGGAGUAUUAACGUUCGAUGGCAACAGGAAGGUUAAAUGCAAAGUUACAUUUGCAAGAAUAAAAACACAUUUAGAAGAGAAGUACAACACCAAGUUCUCGUACGGAACCAUUGUUCAACUCUGUGUCGCGAGGAAUAAAAGACGAAAGUCCGCUAAAAAUUACAAAGGCGUCGCCCAAGUCACGUGCAGGAGCUAGAAAUGGUUUCGAGAUCAAAUGAUCAUUGGUCCAAUGCGUUGCACAAAGGUCUGGAUGUGGUUCAAUUCAAAGAUGGCAGAGACAAGGUACUUCUUAACAGGGAUGACCUUUCUGUCUUUCGUCUCGAUACUGUAGCAAGCAAUAAAGCUCCAACAGUUUGCAUUCAAGGGAAGCCAAGUCUUACAACCAAAACGGAUUGUCAGGCAAGUUACCCAAAUACUUUGCAAACUACGUCCUACAACUUCACAGCAUCUGAAAACAAUGGAGAGGUUUAUGCGGGUGUUGUGAAAAGUAGUGGUAUUCAUUCAAAGAAUCAGGCUCAGCAUGCUGCUGAUCUGGAACUUUUACAACAGAAAAGCGAGGUUAAAGAUGUGUUCAUAAAUCCUGAAAUGCAUAAUCCCAAAGAAAUUGAGUGUAUCCGCGUUGAUUCUGGUGGAGACGAAGCUCUUUAUUAUCAAGAGGUGCAGUUUUGGUGGACACUUCACCAUAUUAGAAGACCCGCAAGACUCCAACUAAUAACGUGCCGUUACAGUGGCGGAAGAAGCCUCAACAGAGUUGAGUUACAGAAUGGCUGCAAAGUAAAGUCACACAGUGGGUUGUUUAUACCUUCAACACUUAAUGGAUCGAAUCUUUGUAAGGAAAGUCGAGAUGUUGAUAAAGUGAAAUUGGAACAAAAUUUGGGUGAUGCCAUUGACAUAUACAUCUCAAGAGUAAGUGGUGCACCAUGUGGGAAUAAAAAAAAUCAAACUUUUUCGUGGUGA